CUCAUUCGACUAUGCCAGGUUGCAAUUCCAGGAAAUACUGAAACUGCGCUCAUAAUUAUCAUUGAGAAGGCAAUUGUUGCGCGGCAACGUCAUCUGGCACUAGCUAUAGAAAGCAUCAACGUAAAGUUGCGAAAACAAAUUACCAGAACUUAAUUUCACUACUGGACGGAUAAGGGCUUAAUGGACGCGUUGAAGGCAUUGGCAACUAAACUGAAGAAGGAGGCGCAGGAUGUAGCUGGCCCAAACAAAUACGUGAAGCGCUCUCAAUUGGAGGAGGCCCGCCUGCAAAAGAUCAGGGAGGAGGAGGCGAAAGAACGGGAAGAGAAGGAACGCAAGCGCAAGCUUCAGCUACCCGACGAUAGUACUCCAGCGCAAAAAGCCGCCCGCCAUGAUGACUCGCCGCCCGACAGCCCCACCGUGCUCACCAGGGAGGAGGUCAUCCGGCGGCUGCGCGCCCUGGGGCAGCCCGCGACACUGUUCGCAGAGUCGGAUUUCGACCGCCUGAAGCGGCUCCGGAAGGCGGAGGCGGAGAUGGCGGUGAACCUGGAGGAGGAUGUGGCGGGUAUCGCGGGCAAGGGCAACGCGCUCAUCGAACUGCAGCGGCAGGCGCAGGAGCGGGCGCGGCUGCGAGCACUGGGCGGCUCCAAGCCAGCGGACGGGGGCGGGGGCAGCAAGGCGGGGGCGGGGCCGGCGGGCGGCAAGGGGCCCGCGGUGGUGCCGGAGAAUGCGAACGGCGAGCAGAUCCACGGGUCAGCCGCUGCUGGGUCGAGCGGCGAGGACGCCACCCUGGAGGCCUUCAAGCGCGCCGCUGCUGAGCUGGCGGAGCGCCGCAAGGAGGAGGCCAUGCCGGUGGAGGACCGCAUCGCCAAGUACCUGAAGGCCUGGAUGAAGGAGUGGGAGGAUGACCUGGAGCGGCGGCCGGAUGAGGUCAAGGACUGCAGCUCAGGCAUCCAAGCCACCUUCGCCUUCAAGCAGACCGCACGCAACAUGGAGCCUCUGUACGACCGGCUCCGUAACCGCCAGAUCACGGACGAGCUGCUGACGGGGCUGUGGAUGAUGGUGCAGGCCAUGCGCAACCGCAACUACCUGCAUGCCAACGACAUCUACCUCAAGCUCGCCAUCGGCAACGCGCCCUGGCCCAUUGGUGUGACCAGCGUGGGCAUCCACGAGCGCUCCGCGCGUGAGAAGAUCUCACACGUGAUGAACGCCAACAGCCAGGCGCAUAUCAUGAACGAUGAGGCCACGCGAAAGUAUUUCCAGUCCAUCAAGCGCCUUAUCACGCAGCUGCAGCGCCUCUACCCCACCGACCCCUCCCGCUCCGUCGACUUUGACCCCGUGCCCGACCUGGGCAAGGGCAUGCAGGGCGCCGGCUGCGCCAAGCUGGCGCUCAUAGAGGCGGAGCGGCGCGGCGAGCUGCCGCUGGCGCUGCCCGCGGCGCCGCACUUCCUGGACCACGACGGCUCGGUGCGUGUGCCGGAGAAGUGGAGCCACAUCCUGAACCGCUU